AUGACGUUAACAGGGGUCGAUGUUGCUGAGCACAACUCGGCUGAGUCGUGUUGGGUGAUUGUUCACGGCAAGGCCUACGACGUCACCGAAUUUCUACCAGAGCACCCUGGUGGCAUGAAGAUUAUCCUCAAGUACGCUGGCAAAGAUGCGACAGACGAAUUCGAUCCCAUCCACCCUCCGGACACGCUCGACAAGUUCCUCGACAAGUCGAAACACCUCGGCCCCGUCGACAUGUCUACCGUCAAGGUGGAACAGAAGAAGGAGAGUCCCGAAGAAAAGACGCGGCAGGAGAUGAUUGCCCUCAAGCCCCCGCUGUCGCAAUGCUACAACCUGCUAGAUUUCGAGGCCGUAGCCAAGCGUGUCAUGAAGAAGACGGCGUGGGCCUACUAUUCUAGCGCCGCCGAUGACGAGAUUACUAUGCGAGAAAACCACGCCGCCUUCCAGAGGAUAUGGUUCCGGCCCAAGAUCCUCGUCGACGUCGAAAAGGUCGACUUCAGCACCACCAUGCUGGGCACCAAGGUCGACAUGCCCUUCUACGUCACCGCCACCGCCCUCGGCAAGCUCGGCCACCCCGAGGGCGAGGUGCUGCUGACCCGCGCGUCCAAGAAGCACAACGUCGUCCAGAUGAUCCCCACCCUCGCCUCGUGCUCCUUUGACGAGAUCAUGGACGCGGCGGAAGGCGACCAGGUGCAGUGGCUCCAGCUGUACGUGAACAAGGACCGCGAGAUCACGAAGCGCAUCGUGCAGCACGCCGAGAAGCGCGGGUGCAAGGCCCUCUUCAUCACCUUCACCGACGAAGGGUCCAACGUGCAGAACGGCGAGGAGACGGACAACUCGCAGGGCGCGGCGCGGGCCAUCUCCUCCUUCAUCGACCCGGCGCUCUCGUGGAAGGACAUCCCUUGGUUCCAGGGCAUCACCAAGAUGCCCAUCCUGCUCAAGGGCGUGCAGCGGGUCGAGGACGUGCUCAAGGCCAUCGAGGCCGGCGUGCAGGGCGUCGUGCUGUCCAACCACGGCGGCCGGCAGCUCGAGUUCGCGCGCUCGGCCAUCGAGGUCCUCGCCGAGACGAUGCCGGUGCUCAAGCAAAUGGGGCUCGAGGACAAGAUUGAGAUUUACGUGGACGGCGGCGUCCGGCGCGGCACCGAUAUCCUCAAGGCCCUGUGCAUGGGAGCCAAGGGCGUGGGCAUCGGCCGGCCGUUUCUCUACGCCAUGUCGGCGUACGGGCCCGAGGGCGUGGAUCGGGCCAUGGCGCUGCUCCGCGACGAGCUGGAGAUGAAUAUGCGCUUGAUCGGGUGCACGUCGGUCGCGGAGCUCAACCCUUCGCUCAUUGAUGUGCGGAGCCUGACGAGUCACGGGAACGGCGUGCCGACGGAUGUGCUGUCCAAGAGCGUCUACGAUAGGUUGCAGUCGCCGGCGCAAAGACCGAAGCCUAAGCUCUAA